GGCCCACAUUCAUUCCUCACUUGGUACCAAAACGAUCGUGUAAUCUCUGCUUCCCUCUCCCUUGCUCGCUUGCUGCUGGUAACUGGUUAGUUGGUUCUUCUGCCUUUUAAUUAAAUCUUGCAGUCAGCUUCUCUGCCUUAUGACAUGUCCGGACCAAAUGAUGAUAAUCAUACUGAGCUUUCAUCUUAUUUCUUUGAGGACCUCCUGGAUUCUGUAAUUGUUGAUAUUGCAUCAGAGUGCCAUCGGAUAGCAAGGUUGGGCCUUGAUCAUAAUUUGGAUGAAGAAGAGGAGGAAUUGAGGUUGUCAGAAGAAGCCUGUGCUAGAGUAGCUGAUCCUAGUUACAAUGGUGAAAUGAACAGCAAGUAUGUGGUUGACAUUUUUGGACAAGCACAUCCCCCAGUAGCAACUGAAAUAUUUGAGUGCAUGAAUUGUGGGCGAUCAGUUAUGGCCGGAAAAUUUGCUCCUCAUUUAGAGAAAUGCAUGGGAAAGGGUAGAAAGGCUCGACUCAAGAUGACAAGAAGCAGCACAGCUGCACAAAGCCGGCAUUCAAGAGGCAGCCCAGUUUCUGCAUAUUCCCCAUAUUCAAAUUCCACCAGCGCACAUCGGUUGGCCAAUGGCUCACCUGCUGCAGGCGAACCCUACUCAAAUGGUACAUCAGAGGAACCGUGAUUGAAGGUGGCUAUUGGCUAACCAUGCGUUAUUAGAGAGCAAUGUCUAUCAUCAAGUUAUGAGGAGCAGCUUCUGCAAUGAACCUAACUAAUCACGUUUCAAAGUUUUCUCCCAUGUCUUAUUUAGGAAUUUAUUCACAAUAACUAGCAUUUGAGGUGAUUAGCUCUAUUUACCAGAUAUGGCUGUUGCCUUUUAUGCUUGUUUUGACACAAGAUUUGGAUUUUUACAUUUACAUAAUCUUUCUAAUGCAGUUAAAUUGUAUAUGACACAUGGACUGCUUUCUUGCAUAUGU